CUAGUGAUAUUUAUAGCUUUUCUAUGAUUAUGUGGGAAUUAAUAUCUGGAAUUCCUCCAUUUGAUAAUGAAGCUCAUGAUUUUCAACUUAGCUUAGAUAUUUGUAAAGGUAAACGUCCUGAAAUUAUUAAAAAUAUUCCACAAUGUUAUAUGGAUUUAAUGAAAAAAU